GGAUGGCGGGUUAGACGCGGAACAAAGGAGCAGGCUGCUCUCGAGGUGAAUUUCAGGAAAGCCCUGCUGGGUGCCAGAUGGGCGGGUAUAAAAACGAAAACAAAAGUCGCCUGAGUGAGGUCCUUGGACCGACUCCCUUCACUCAAGACGCUCCUCGCUGCCCACCGGGACACUCACUCUCUCUGCCACCGAGACAGGUCUGAGUCAUGGCGCUGGAACACAACCAGUCGGCCGACUACGACUACGACGACGACCACGAGCUGAACGGGACUCACGACUACAGCCAGUACGAGCUCAUCUGCAUCAAGGAGGAGGUCCGCAGCUUCGCCAGGGUCUUCCUGCCCACCUUCUUCGCCAUCACGUUCGUCGUGGGGCUGGUGGGCAACGCCCUGGUGGUGGCCACCUACGCCUUCCGCAAGAAACGCAAGACCAAGACCGACGUGUACAUCCUGAACCUGGCCGUGGCCGACCUGCUCCUGCUCCUCACGCUGCCCUUCUGGGCCGUGAACGCGGCGCACGGGUGGGUCUUGGGGAAAACCAUGUGCAAAGUCACGUCCGCCCUGUACACCAUCAACUUCGUCUCCGGCAUGCAGUUCCUGGCCUGCAUCAGCGUCGACAGACACGCGGCCGUGACCCGCGCCCCGGGCCCGGCCGGCGUGGGCAGGAGGGGCCGGCUGCUCUGCUUCUGCGUCUGGGCGGCCGCCGUCUUGCUGAGCAUCCCCCAGCUGGUGUUCUACACUGUCAACCACAGGGGCCGCUGCGUGCCCAUCCUCCCCUACCACCUGGGCACGUCGGUGAAGGCGUCCGUGCAGAUGCUGGAGAUCUGCCUGGGCUUCGUCGUGCCCUUGCUGGUCAUGGCCGUGUGCUACUUCCUCAUCGCCCGCACGCUGCUCAGGACCCCCAACAUGAAGAAGUCCCGCCCCCUCAAGGUGGUCCUGGCCGUGGUGGUGGUCUUCAUCGCCACCCAGCUGCCCUACAACAUCGUCAAGUUCUGCCAGGCCCUGGACGUCAUCUACGCCCUCAUCACGGACUGUGGCCUGAGCAAGCGCAUGGACGUGGCCAUCCAGGUGACGGAGAGCGUGGCGCUGUUCCACAGCUGCCUCAACCCCGUCCUGUACGUCUUCCUGGGGGCCUCCUUCAGGAGCCACCUCCUGGAGGCCGUCAAGAAAUACGGGCCCUGGAGACCGCAGAGGCCCCCUGUGGAGGAGAUUCCUUUCGACUCCGAAAACCCCACCGAGCCCACCAGCACGUUCAGCAUUUAA